UCGUACUUUCUCCUCGCUAGGGUUUAUACAUUUUAAAGUAGAAAACCGCAGACGAAGCCGCCUCUCUUUCGCCAUUCCCUUCUUUGAGGGAACAAGUAAUCGCUUGAAUCAUGAGUAAGUUGCAGAGUGAUGUUUUGAGAGAGGGUAUCUCUAAGAUUAUGGGUGAUGCUCGUGAGAAGAAGCGUAAUUUUACGGAGACUAUUGAGCUUCAGAUUGGGCUCAAGAAUUAUGAUCCUCAGAAGGAUAAGCGUUUCAGUGGGUCUGUUAAGCUGCCGCAUAUUCCGAGGCCCAAGAUGAAGGUUUGCAUGCUUGGAGAUGCUCAGCAUGUUGAAGAGGCAAACAGGAUUGGACUUGAAUCGAUGGAUGUUGAAGCGCUGAAGAAGAUGAACAAGAACAAGAAGCUUGUCAAGAAGUUGGCAAAGAAGUAUCAUGCUUUCCUUGCGUCAGAAGCUGUCAUUAAGCAGAUUCCUCGUCUCCUAGGGCCUGGUCUUAACAAGGCAGGAAAGUUCCCUACAUUAGUGUCCCAUCAGGAAUCCUUGGAAUCCAAAGUUAAUGAAACCAAAGCCAUGGUUAAGUUUCAGCUCAAGAAAGUUCUUUGCAUGGGUGUUGCUGUUGGAAACUGUGGGAUGGAGGAGAAGCAAAUCUUCCAGAAUGUGCAACUCAGUGUCAACUUCCUGGUUUCUUUGCUGAAGAAGAAUUGGCAAAAUGUCCGUUGCUUAUACUUGAAGAGCACGAUGGGAAAGCCUUUCCGGGUGUUCUAAGCAGCAAUUAGAGAAAGCGAGAUAUCGGGGUUGUUUUUGUUUGUGUACUAUCAGUCUAAACCUUCAAUUUCAUCUUGAAAAGAAUUACCUGGACCUGUUUUUGUUAAAUUUUAUGUUGUGUUAUUUUCUGAAGUGGAGUAUUGCUGUCCAUAGUAGCGUUUCUGUUGGGAGUUCUCUAAGAAGCUAUUUGACAAAUUUGUUAGUCCUUGCUUUUGGUCCCUUGUUUGAAUUUUCAUUCUAUGAAGCGUCUUGGUGGUA